GAAAUGAUGAGAGUAGCAAUGCCACGUUGUGGACAUGCAUUCUUUAACGAAUUUCCUUUCUCCUCAUCAACCCUUUGGCCUAAACCUUGUACUCGAACCUUCUCUGUCAAAAUGUCAACUUCACAACAUAGCCACGUCAUCAAUCUUCCAGCUCAACGAGACCAACCAGUUUCCAUUGUGGCUGCUCCAGGCGUCUCCGAUACUCACUUCAGGAAUGCUAUUGAAUCGUCAUUGUUCAAGCAGUGGUUAAAGAACAUACAGUCUGAAACAGGACUGCUGGCUAAUGGAGCUAUGUCUUUAAAACAAGUUCUUAUUCAGGGUGUAGAUAUGUUUGGAAAGCGUGUUGGGUUUCUAAAGUUCAAAGCAGAUGUUAUUGAUAAGGAGACGGGUCAAAAGGUUCCUGGUAUUGUCUUUGCGCGGGGUCCAGCUGUUGCAGUGCUAAUCCUUUUGGAUUCUGAGGGUGAGACAUAUGCUGUGCUUACAGAACAGGUUAGGGUCCCAGUUGGGAGGCUACUUUUGGAAUUGCCAGCAGGAAUGUUGGAUGAUGACCAAGGUGACUUUGCUGGAACAGCAGUUCGAGAGGUUGAGGAAGAAACUGGAAUACACCUGAAUGUCCAUGAUAUGGUCGACCUCACAGCUUUUCUCGAUGCAUCGACUGGGGGCAGAGUUUUUCCUUCUCCUGGUGGUUGUGAUGAGGAGAUCAGUUUGUUUCUAUACAGAGGAAAUGUCAGCAAAGAGAAAAUUGAACAACUGCAGGGGAAAGAAACAGGACUACGAGACCAUGGUGAGCUGAUUAAAGUACAUGUGGUUCCAUACAGUAAACUAUGGCGUGCCACAGCUGAUGCAAAGGCUCUGACCGCGGUUGCCCUCUACGAGAUGGCUAAAAGAGACGGGCUGCUCCCUUGCUAGGGACGAGUUCAUAUUUUCUACUCCAUUUUAUCGCAGUUCACAUUGUUCUAUGCUUGGCUGAAUAGGUCAUGAGCUAUUUUAGGCAGGUGACAUGUACAUCCUAGGCAACUGCAACUGUCGUUGAUGGUUGUAUACUAGACUCAAGACAAAAGCUGUUUUGCACAGACCACAAUUCUAUCAUUUCGAAGAAGAUAAACAGAAAGGGAAAGACAAGAUUGUACUUCGCAAGAUUAGAAGUCUGGAACAAUAAUGUCAUCUAUUUGCUUUAUAUUGAUCCUCGGAGUUGUAAACGCCAUAACAUUUUUAUUUAGCUAAGAGCUGACAUCUCCUUUGAAACAUU